UCUUAAUAAAUAGCGCUUUCCGUGGCCCUCGACCGACUCUUUUUAGUUUUAGUGUUUUUUUUUCAACUGAAAUAGUUAUCACGUUUAAUUAUUUGUGUUGGCCAAAAACAGUUAUAAUGUGCUAAUAAUGUAUCAAUACUUGACACGACUGAUGUGCUUAGCAACGGAUAAAAGCAAAAUCGCCAAGUCAAUAAAUAAACAAUACUCAUCAUAGUAAAAUAGUAUUUUACUUUUAUUCCAGCAAUUUUCUUCCUGAUCAAAUUCAGUGAUUUCUUUAGAAAAUGUAUUUUUGUCGUUUGGUUUCUGUGACUCUUUAAAUGAAUCUUUAACGGUGAUCAUGGAUCGCUUUCAAACAGAGACGACAGAAUUUUUGAAAACGGCACGGCGGCUGUUGGAAAACCAUUUGUCGACCAAUUACAAUACAGAUACCUCGAGUCGAAUCAAAUUUCACUGUUCAUCCGAAUUUGGUAUCGAAGACUUACUUUUGGUUCCACAAAGUGUUUGACAAAAAAACUACCAUCAUGCAUUUCAAAACUGCUGUUAUCCUUUUCGCGUUGUACUUUGUGACCGCGACACAGAGUGUCGGACUCAAUAUGAGACAAAUAGAAAUUAUUGAUUAUCUAUUCACAAUACACUGUGUAGGAAACAUUUUCAAGGGAGAAAACGUGGAAAUAGAACUAAGAAAUUGCAUGAAAAAUUUUUCACAUUCCGAAAACGAAGAAGAGCACGAAAAUUGUAUAGACGACAGUUCAAUGGAAGAUAUCGUGAAAAUGGGACUAGAAAUUAGCAUGAAUAGUAUUUUAGAUUUUGAAUACAAAGAAGGCAGGACUGACGCUCAACAAGUACAAGAUCUUUUGGUAUUUCUGGCCAAUACCGAAAAGAAAUUUGAUGACUUCACGUCACAAAGUUUUUCGUCUUACGAAAUAACAGUUUUCGUGGGCUUGUUCAACAAAUGCGACCAAAGCGGCAAACACGAUGGUCUACUUGACUACAAAGAAGUAAUACAAGUCAUUGACGCUUUAAACCUAGAAAAAUGCGUCAAAGAAAAUUUAGAAGGCGCAUUUGAAGAAGAUGAAACAUUUAACGCCGCCGAGUUCUUGUAUGAAUUUUUGAAAGUAAAACCAGAAGGCAGAGGUCUAGAAAUGUAUCAGGUUCAGGAGAUGAUCGAUUUGCACAAGAAUCACAAAAUAAAAGGCGAUCACAUUGACCCGGUUGAAAUAAAAAAUAUGUUCACGAAGUUGUCUAUAGUUAAUGAUGACUACGAAGGCCUGUUGGUUUUCCAUCCCAAUCCCACUCGAAAGGGCCCUUUGGAGUUGCAAGAGCUGUUGAUUGUUUUAGCAGAAUACAACAAAGUGGCCGACAUAAAUGCUAAAGCCGUAUGUCCUACAAUUAUAGUUAGAAGUGUUGUAUGGGAUUUCUCUGAGCACGACGUCGACCAAAACGGUGAACUCGAUAAAAAAGAAUUUGAGGAAAUGGCGAAACAUCUAACCACAAACAAAGACGUCGACUCUCUCAUUAGAGACAACGAUACCGACAAAGACGGACAUUUGGAUAUUACGGAGUUCUUCAUGUUGAUAUUUACGGAAUUGGUGAAAUGAAAGCCGAUUACCCAUGAUUUUCCUUAAGCAUAAU